AUGGCGAGCCAAGAAACUGGGAAGGCAGCCGCGCUCACCAAUGUCCUCAACUUCCGUGAUGUAGGCAGCUUCGUGAACAACUGCAACGCUGGGUCGGCGCCGAAGCUGAAGCCGCAGCGACUGUUCCGCAGUGCGCGUCCAGAUGAGGCAUCAUCCGCAGACAAGAAUUUUGUGGCCAAUGUUGUUGGCAUCAAAACCAUAAUCGACCUCAGAUCAGACACAGAGCACAUCAUGGCGGCCAAGAAGCAUCAGCAAGCAGACAAAGUUUCGACACCGACAUCGCGAGAUCCUGCUGCGGGAGUGCCUAAAAUUCCCGGGUUGAAGUACGAAGAAAUCAAUCUGAAUGGCAAGGGGUUCGAGCGAUCGCUGGUCUGGCGACUCAAGUACAUCAGCCUUGCACGUCUGAUAUACAACAUGGCGCUCGGCUACCGGACGGAAGGUAUCGCCAUUCUGGGUAGAGAAGUGAUGCAGCCUCGUGGGCUCAUUGGGCUGGGCAGAGACACUCUGGAUUACUGUGGACCAGAGGUCAAGAAAGUGUUCGAUGUGCUUAGCGACGAAACUGCUUACCCAGUCCUGGUGCACUGCACGCAGGGCAAGGACAGAACAGGCAUCACCGUGAUGCUAGCACUGAUGCUUUGCGAUGUCAGUAUUGACGCGAUCUCCUCAGAUUACGUCCUUUCAGAAAGUGAGUUGGAGCCUGAAAAGGAAGAACGCAUGAAAGAGAUCAGGAGUAUUGGACUGGACGAGUCCUUUGCGCGGUGUCCUCCUGAUUUCUGUCCACAAAUCAAGGAAUAUCUCGGAGCCAAGUAUGGCGGUGUUCGAGAGUAUAUGGCUGGAAUAGGCGUCAGUCCCGAGCAGCAAGAGCAGAUCCGAAGCAUUCUGCUUGCUUAG